AGCAUCUAAGCAAUGACUACUAAAUACUCCUUGGUUAUCAGUAUUUAAUGUCCACAAAUGUAUGCAACUGGUUUGUGGUUUAGGUUCUUUUUCUGCAGUUUCUCAGAUGUCUAAUAGUAUAGUGACAUCUUUAAACAAUGAUAACGUUAUAAAAGCUCCAGAUUCUAUCAAAUAUGCUGUUACAAAAACAACAACCCAAGUUAUACAGAAUCCAUCACUACUUUUGCUAACUGUCCAGUACCCCCAAAAUGGAUUCUCAAAGAAUAACAAAUCUAGUAGUAUUGGUGUGUCAUCUAUUAACGCCACUCAUUCAACUUUUGCUCAGAAGGCAGAAGCACCUUAUUCACUGCUACAGUUGAAUCAGCCAGUUAUGAAAAAUGUGCUAUAUUAUGGAGCUGAUACGCAGCCCAUCAAUACAAAUAAACCAAUAUCUAACUACAAUUCAAUGUUACUUCUUAGAAAUGAUGAAGAUCAUUGUCAAGAGGACAUGUCCAUAUCCAAAGGCUCAUUUUCACAGACUACAGAUCCAAAUAAUUUUGUUGUAACACCUUUUCCAAAAUCAGUAGUUUGCACGGUAAUGCCCAGAGAUGGCAAAGAAUGUAUAAUAUCUGAAACUGAGAUCCCAGUUCAUAAAAGUAUAGGCUCAGAAACUGAAACGGAAGUGGUUAAACUUGAUGAUUGGGAGGAAUGUUCAAGUGGAGAGGAAGAAGCUGUACAAAUAAUAUGUGAUAAGCCAGUAAUUUGUAGAGCUGUUGCUUCUCUUCCUGCUAAAUUCCUUUACUUUGGAAAAGAAACUGGAUCAAGCAAAGGUGUUUUUGCAAAAAAAGAAAUACCAAAAAGAGCCCAGUUUGGGCCAAUGGAAGGUAUACUUCAGAGGACACCUAGUGUUACUAAACACCAUCUUGUGCUGACUAUAGAAAAUAAUGGUGAAGUUGAGUGGCUUGAUGUUUCGAAUGAAAACAUAUCUAAUUGGAUGAAGUAUGUAAGACAGGCUGAAUCAGCUGAUGAACAAAAUCUAAGUUUGCAUCAGAUAGGGAAAAAUUUGUACUUCCGGGCUUUGAAUAGAAUAGGGCCUCAUGAAGAAUUAAAAGUAUGGUAUAGCAUGGCUUAUGCUAAGCCAAGAAAUCUUCCAUUGUUAAGUUUUGCCAAGAAUAGAAAAGCCAAAAAAGGAAGUAGAUGUAACACACAUUUAUCAGAGAAAGAAAACGUUUCUGUCUCUUCUAUUAAAGCUUUGAAAGAUGGAGAAGUGAGUAAAUGGAAAUGUUCCCAUUGUAACAAAGUAUUCAGAAGUGCAACGCCAUUUAAUCUGCAUGUUUUGACUCAUGCAGCUGACAAUUUAGAAACAAAAGAAAAUCACAAUACUAAUAAUCAGACACCAACACCUGCCUUACUGGACUCAGUUACUGACUGUGAUAAAAGAAACAAAAAUCCAUUGUCGUGCUGUAAGUGCAAAAAAACGUUUUUAAGUAAUUCUGCCUUAGCUUGCCAUGUUAAAAGUCAUGCAAGCAUUCAUACUUAUGACUGCCCUAUAUGUAAAGAAAUAUUUUAUAAGGUAUUGCAUUUAAAGCAACAUAUAAAAAGUCAUGCUGUUGAUGGAAAUUUCUCUUGUCCUUUCUGCUCUAAGAAAUAUCAUGAAUAUCGUCAUAUAAGGAAUCACAUAAGAAGGUUUCAUUGUGAAAAAAAUUUCAGUUGUUUGCAAUGCUCCAAACGUUUUUCUACAUUAGAUAAACUCAAACUACACAUGUUAAGUCAUUCUGAUCAUCGAGAAUUCACUUGUGCAACCUGUGGAAAACAGUUUAAAAGGAAAGAUAAAUUAAGUGUUCACAUGAGGAGGAUUCACCUCUCUCUUAAAUCGAAAGCUGAAAGUACUGAAACAUCUGUUAAUGAUAAAACUUUAUCACCCCAAAAAGGGAUGAAUGCUACUGAUUAUUCUGAUUACAUAUACAAAUGUCAUAUCUGUAUGCUUGGCUUUAAAAGGAGAGGGAUGUUGGUUAACCACCUAGCUAAUCGACAUCCUGAAGUAACUCCUGAUUCAGUACCUGAAUUGAAUUUACCUAUUCUGAAAGCUAAUCGGGAUUAUUAUUGUCAAUAUUGUGAUAAGAUUUAUAAAAGCAGUUCAAAAAGAAAAGCACACAUUUUGAAGAAUCAUCCUGGAAAGAAAUUACCCCCUGGCAAUGCUCAAAUCUCAACUUCUAAGAAAGGUGUAGAAAAUGGGACAUUAUCUCAAACCGUUGGCAGUGUCACAACUCAUCCACAGAGUUGUGACUGGUGCCACAAACAAUAUGCUUCAAAAGCUAAACUUCUUCAGCAUCAAAGAAAAAAUCACCUCAAUCAACUUCCUAAGUCUCUACAGUAUCCCAAGAAAUCGGCCAGAACCAGUGCAGAGGAAGACUCAGAUGCAAUCAGAGAUGCUAUUGAAAAAGUCAUAGAGACGGACAUAUUUUUACCAGAAACUCUUGAUAUUUCAGAAUAUGAAGCGUCUACUGGAGAUAAUAAAUUCUUUUCUGGUGGUGAAUUUAUUAUAGAUGCAAGUACUCUUAAACGUGCCAUUAAGGUUCUGUAUUGUUUUUUCUAUCUGUGUCCUUAUGGCCUGAUUUAAUUAUAAAUAUUCUUUUUCUUUGUAAUAAUUAUUUUUUUGUGAAUGUAGAUUUUUCAAUUGUAAAUAAGGAAAUGAUGUUUUAGGGAGAAGUCCUAUCUGCAGAUUGUUCUCCUGAAACACUAUCUGAACUUGGUCAGAUAAUUGAUGCCAGACCUGAUGGUUACUUCAAAGUAUACCAGGCUCCUUCCGGGAUUACUCUUGCUCAUCCUGUAGAAGUUUGGGAUCCUUUUCAACUUUGCCUCAGUCCUGAGACAACACCAGUACUUUCAUCUUCUUAAUAUUUCAUGUUGAGCCUUGGAAAUUUUUUAAUUUUUUUUUAUUAUUAUAGAUAAGAUUAAUUUUAAAAGUACAGAGAAGUACUUUAAUUUAAAAUGUGAUAAAUAUUGUUGCUCUAAUAAUUUUGCAGGUCAUUUCUAAUAAAUAUGAAUAAUGAUUCUAUUUGUUUUUAUUAGAUCUAUAUUUACUCAUUAUUACUGUUCUAGAAUGCGAAUUUAUGUUUAUUUUCACCUAAUCUAUAGACUUCACCUGCAAGCUGCAGUAAUUUUUUUUUACGUACUAUAUCUGUCUAUAUAACUCUACAUAUAUUGUAAAUACAUGUACGUACACCAUUUAAGCAAACAAUCGUUUAUUUACUCUGCAUAGAUAAUUUUUGUUUUUGUUUGUAUGAUGGGAAAGAUUCAAGAAGUAUAUCUUGUCAUUAAUAAUUUAUCCGAGCAAUAGUAUCACUGUCUUAUUAACUAAUUAUUGUAAAUAAUUAAGUAUUUUGUAUAUUAUUUGUACAGUUAUUACAUUAAAUUAGACCUGAGACAAAUAAAUAUACAUUUUUAAUUAUUAA